UUCAAGAGAUUUGAAGUUUCUAGUUUUUGUUGGCUUUGUUGUAAAUUAAGUAGCACAUGAUGGAGAUGCAGGAAGGAAGGAAAGGGAUACCGUCUUUGCUCUCCUCCCAGGGGGAGUGUAUUGCAUCCAACAUCACACAGCUUAUCGGUUGGACGCCGCUGAUAGAAAUGAAAAAUAUUGCCAAGAAGGAUGGCAUAAAUGCUCGGCUGAUUGGGAAGAUUGAGCCGUACCAGCCCCUUUCCUCUGUCAAGGAUCGAAGUGCUCUCAGGUUGAUUGAAGAUGCAGAGGAGAAAAGCCUGAUCUCACCCGGAAUAACAACACUAGUGGCGGUCACGAGUGGUAAUCUUGGUAUUGGUGUGGCAUUUGUUGCUGUUCAGAAAGGCUAUAAGUUCAUUGCUGUCAUGCCAGCAAAAAUCGCAAUAGAUAAGCAGAUACUGUUGAGAUACUUGGGCGUUGAAGUGAUAUUAGUUGAUCCUGCAAUUAAUGGAUUCAAGGGGUUACUUGAUAGAGUAGAACAGCUGAAGAAUGAGAUUGAAAAUGUUUAUGUUAUAGACCAGUUCACUAAUCCUGCGAAUCCUGAUGCACAUUUCAGAUGGACUGGACCUGAGAUUUGGAAAGAUACAGAAGGCAAAGUGGACAUAUUUGUUGCUGCGUCUGGUUCAGGAGGCACCUUAACAGGAACAGGGAGGUAUCUGAAGAUGAAGAAUCCAUCUGUAAAGCUAAUCUGUGUUGAACCAGCCGAAAGUGCAGUAAUUUCAGGUGGUGAACCAGCAUAUCAUAAAAUUCAAGGGAUAGGGCCUGGUUUUGUCCCAGAAAUACUAGACAAAUCACAAAUAGAUGAAAUCGUAACAGUAACUGACCAAGAAGCCAUGGACAUGGCAAGAAGGUUGGCAAGGGAAGAAGGAUUGCUCGUUGGCAUAUCUUCAGGGGCAAAUGCAGCCGCCUGCUUGAAGGCAUGCUCUAUAAUCAUCUUUUUCGUGCAAGUUCUGUAGUCAUGUACUCAUGUAUACCUACUUGUUGCAUGGUCAUCUGAUCUAUGUACUACUUUGCAGGUUGCGGCAAGAGAGGAGAACAAAGGCAAGAUGAUUGUGACGAUGUUUUCCAGUGGCGGGGAGAGGUAUCUGAACUCGGAACUCUUUGCUCAGGUGAAAGAAGAAUGUGUGAACAUGAACAUGGCCUUCUGAGUGUCCAGCUUUAGGCAAUGGUAGCAUACGUCUGACCCCGAAGUGCAAUGCUGUCCUACAGUCUACCUUGCAAGAUUUAAUGUUAAUCGUAGCCUGACUCAGUGGCUUAGAAGUUGUAGGAGAACCUUUGUAAGUUACAUAAAACCAGACAAUGUAUCUUUACCCUUUUAUCAGGAAAGGAAAUGCAAUUAACUGCUGUGAUUA